AUGGCCAAGGCAAAGACAGCGGCUAACGUGCCCAAUCGACACAUAUACACACGCAUGUCCUUUCUGUAUCAAGCUGCUGCAUAUCUAAGCAGCCAACCCCAGGAUGCGAAGGGCGCGGCCCAAGAAGUUGCGGCAACUGCUCAGAAACAAGACAUGGACACCCAAGACGGCAGAACUCGAGUAGCACUGUCGCGACGUCUCAUGACCGACAUGAGAUCGACCUCAAAGAAGGCCCAGAUCUCGCUUACACCAGCACUCAAGCACACAAUCUGCAAGUAUUGUGAUACUCUGCUCAUGGAAGGCCAGAACAGCACCACCAGUGUCGAGAACCUGAGCAAAGGUGGUAGGAAGCCAUGGGCCGACAUGAUCGUGGUCAAAUGUCAUACCUGCGGUGGUGUCAAGCGAUUCCCAGUGAACGCACCUCGUCAAAAGCGGCGGCCAAGACGCGACGCAGCUUCUGUCGAAAGUACAGGGAAGCAGACAAAGGAGAUAUCUCCCGAUCACGAGACGCUUUCGUCUGCCAUCGCAACCGCAGUAGAGAGCACUUGA